UCGGUAGCUCGCUAGCCAACAAAGUCGGAACAUUCAAUCUCUUUAGACAAUUUCGUGGUUUAAUUGCCACUAUGAUUUAAACAUACUUAUGUGGAAACAACUGGCUACCCCAUUUGAUGUAAUAUUUACGUUGUAAGUCAACUAGCUGUCUGGUCAAGUUCGCACUAGUCUAAUCGCUAAUGCUAUCUAGCUAUUAUUCCCGACCAUGAGUUCACUAAGCUACUCUCCUCCUGCUAAAGAAGAGGUCUGCUGGACGGAGAAAGAGGCUCUCGUUAAAGAGGAGGGAGAGGAGGAGGCUGUUACAAUACAAAAACAAGUAGAGGGUGAGGCUGUUACAGUGAAAGAUGAAGAGAAAGACGUUACAGAGAAAGACGCCUUCAGAGUGAAAGAGGAGGAGGAUGCAGUUUUUGGAGUGGAGGAUGAAGUGAAAGAAGAUGAAGACGUUUUUGGAAUGAAGGAUGAAGAGGGGGAGAUUACUGUCACAUUAGAGGAGGACGAAGAAGAGAAGACUGGGGAGCUGAUUAACACCAGUAAAUACAGAGAGAAACUUCACUAUCCUGGAUCCUCUAGGGAGCCUCAACAACCUCAUGAUGCUGACAGGGCAGAGAAGAGUCUCUCCACAUCAGAACACCUCAAGAAACACCAGCGGAGAACCACAGGGAAGAGAUCUCACCGCUGCUCUGACUGUGGGAAAAGAUGCACCUCAUCAGGCAUUAAACUACACCGGAGAAUUCACACAAGUGAUAAUUCUUACUGCUGCUCUGAUUGUGGGAAAAUGUUUAAAUUUUCAUCAGAACUUAAAAUACACCUGAGAAAGCACACAAGAGAGAAACCUUACUUCUGCUCUGACUGUGGGAAGAGUUUUCCUCUGUCAACCAGCCUGAUAUCACACCAGAGAACACACACAGGAGAGAAACCUUAUAGCUGUGAUCAAUGUGGGAAGAGUUUUUAUAAAUCUAGUUAUGUUAUUAUACACCAAAGAACACACACAGGAGAGAAACCUUAUAGCUGUGAUCAAUGUGGGAAGAGUUUUGCUAGGGUAAUCGCCCUGAUAGGUCACCAGAGAAUACACACAAGAAAGAAAUCAUAUAGCUGUGAUGCAUGUGGGAAGAUUUUUACUAAGUCUAGCUGUCUUGUUGUACACCAGAGAACACACACAGGAGAGAAAUCUUAUAGCUGUAAUCAAUGUGGGAAGAGUUUUGUUUCAUCUGGGGGCCUGACAGCACACCAGAGAACACACACAGGAGAGAAACCUUAUAGCUGUGCUCAAUGUGGAAUGAGUUUUACUAAGCCUAGCAUGUGGACUAGACACAAAAGAACACACACAGGAGAGAAAUCUUAUAGCUGUAACCAAUGUGGGAAUAGUUUUACUCGGCUAAGCAGCCUGACUAGACACAAAAGAACACACACAGGAGAGAAAUCUUAUAGCUGUAACCAAUGUGGGAAUAGUUUUACUUGGCUAAGCAGCCUGACUAGACACCAAAGAACACACACAGGGGAGAAACGUUUUAGCUGUGAUCAAUGUGGGAAGAGAUACUCUGAUAAAAGAUAUCUGAUCAAACAUCAGAAAAUACAUGACGGAGUUGUUUCAUGAUAUCAAUUAAUCAAUGUC